UGGCCGUUUGCGGAGGAGCCGGGAGACAAGAAACCGAAGGCCCAGGUGACUGCUACGGUAUAUGCUUUAAUAAUACGUGGACUGCAUCAAUGUCUAAGAUUUCAUCACUAUACACAAAAGGACCAGAAGAUCACUUUUCUUCGUCAAGAACAGUUCUACUUAUUCUUCUAACACAAAAGGACCAGAAGAUCAUAUUUGGUUUUUCCCACUCAAAAUAGACCAUUCCACAUAAAUAGCUACGAAAGAGGUGCCAUGACAUGACAUUCCGCCUCCGCUUGUUCUCUUUGAAAAUGAGCCUCCACUUGCUUUCUUCAAAAAUGCAGCAACUCGAUGAGAGGAUCCAGGAUCUGAAGCAAAAAGGCAACCGUGUCAAGGCUGAGACACUCAACCUGCAACAAAUGAGGAAGGAUAGGUUGGACCCAUCUCACAAGGAUAGGUUCGACCCACGGUACGGCUACGACGAUGAUCUUCGGUUAUGAUCUAGAUACCUCUUAGACUUUGAAGAUGACAGUGGUGCGUAUAGUCUGGAUUUCGUCUCAUUAGUUUAAAGGGGGUGCCAUCCGUAUACGGUAGAGGGCCAUGUCUCUAAGAUCUAGGAUAUAGUAUACUUUUUUCUCUAGGAAGAUGAUAGGACAUCUUCGCAGCAGUCGUAGGGAAAGCGCCUCUGAAUUGUAAAGAUGGGGCAUCUUUUUCAAUAAGUCUUGUCUCUCAAUGCUCAUGGGUUAUUUCAUUCAUCUACACCCAGGACUAAGGUCGUGUAAAUCAAUCUUCUACAACACUCUUUGGAUAAAAUUGCAACUCACCUACAUCUUAGGGAUGGGAGGGCGGACCAAGUUUACUCUUCAACAUCUUGGCUAUGAAUAUGAAAUACAUGGUACUACUUUGCUUAAUCGCAAACUAGCAUAGAACAGCUUCCUAUUGCUAUUUCUAUCGGUACUAGAACUUGCUAUUGCCGUAGUCUCUAAUCCAGCUGCUGGAGAAGUUGGACGAUCGGCAAGUGGAUCGCAACAUGCUGCUGUCUUCGCUCAAAGCAAUUAAGGAUGUGCCAAAGCCGGAGGCACUCGCAUUAAGGCUCAAAAUAGUUUAUUUUCGCCUUUCCUAUGCUUACCUUCGUUUCCUUCAACAUGUUGCCUUUUCUAUUAAGAAAGCGAGGACCACCUUCUUAAUACUAGAAGAUGACAGAAGAUUCUUGUGGGUUCGCCCUAAUCAAAGAGAAGCUGGAAUCGGGCGAAGAAUACUCGAAAAAGGCCGCGGAAUACUUGGAGGACUUCGAUACCGCGUAUAUCGAACUGCUCAAAUUAUGCUUCAUGAAAAUUUUCGAAGUUAGCGACUAUUUUUAAUCAUGCCCUCAUAACCACUGAGCAGGCCUCCAGAUGACAAGACAGACUAUCUUCACAAAGUGACACCAUUUUACCAAGUGGCGCCGUUUCAUUUCCACGUCUUGCUCAUCACCCCAUGUCCAUUAAGUCUCUGCUCAUCCACACUAGAUUGCACCUCUUUACUACAGGCAGAGAGGAGGAUCUUUUUCCAUGAUCUACAAAAUCUCCUAAGAAAGACAAUAAAGCGGUUACAACAAGUAUUAUUCGUAUUAUUCUGAAUUCCGCGAGAAGACUCUAAUGUACGACAUAACAGAGAGAGCGAAAUCUUCGUUGGUGGAGUCGAGAAAUACACUCGAAUCAUACAAAAAGGAACUGGGUGAGAAUGUCGCGAACAGCUUCUUUACUCUGGACGCAAAGGAGUUCUUAGAAACUAAAUUUGCUCGGCAAAGUGCUUACACAGUACUCAACAUCUACAUACCGAAGCUCGAGGAACCAAUAAAGGAGGCGAUGCAGUUGGAUUUCGUCGAUAAAGGGAGUUAAGAAGUCCCAGCAGCUACAGUACAUCUGUUUAACAAAAAUGCAUGAUCUCAUAAUGUACAGACCUACUUGGGACUCACCGCAUCAGCACGUUGUGCAGCUAUAUGACACAUCAUCUCGAUCGUUACCAUCAAGUAGCUCGUUUGAUUUUUGUUAUCAGCAUGAGUGUUUGAGUCUGUUCACUCCUUGUUCUCAAGAAUGCCUUUUCCUCCCAGCUUUAUAUCUUGAUCAAGAGAGUGCUCUAACGCUGCGUCGCAGGUAAGGCGCUUAUGACGGCCAAGGACGAGCUUCCAAAGGGGCUAGAGAAGCAAAAACUCGAGCUUUCGAAGGUCCUGACUCAGCUUAAGGCCACCCUUCAAGCAUGUCCUCAGUAUCAAGAUUCUUGGUUCACCUUUUUCUAUUGGAAGCAAAAAGGUACAAGCCGGGCACUCGUGGAACCAAAGAUGCACUCUAAUCAGAUAUAUGAUGACUUUGCCACUGCCGACGAGAAGAUGGACGAGGCUAACCCAGAACUUCUCAGUCUGCUCGAUGGCCUUCAUAGCUCGGUUAUGCCCGCCUUCUUCACGAGAAUGGCUUGUUCAUCGCCACCACCGGUGUGAAUUAGAUUCUUCUCCGUUGCUCUCCUUAUAACAGAAAAGGUCUCAGAAGAGGAUCUAGGCGCGCAGUUGGAUGGAAUGAAGAUGCGUUCUUCUCCUUGUGAGUCCCUCUAAGUCAUUCACCAGAGCAGUCCGAUAUCUGGAAGAUCUAACGCACGCGGUGGAUGAAAAUUAAGGCGGUUAGCACUAACUCAUCUCUGACUGUAUCCCUGUAAGCACAGUAUUCCACCACCACGUGAAAGUUACAACAGAUCACAGAGAUACAGCCAACUACAGAUGGAUACUUGACAGCGCUAACCUAAGCAGGCUUCGAUGCUUGUGAAAUUGUACUUCGAGGCCGAGAAGAAUGCUGACGUUAAGGCUAGAGCUGAGACGUCUUAUCUCCAAAUCAAGAAAAGCAGUCUGGUGCGAAAGAAGUCAAAAAACUUUUCUAGUUGGAAACACUCAUUUUCGAGAUGAAAUAUUUAAGUAGCCGCACUUUGGUCUACGAGCUCGUUGCAUUCUAGUACUAGAUAUUCACAAGAUUGAGAGACGGCCCUCGAACUUCAAGGCGGUCGUUAAGUCCGAAGCCGUUGCUGAGCCGCAGCCGAAAGCAGGUGUCGAAAAUGGCAACGAGAUCCUGGGUUUUAUGAAAAAUCUGCGUGACGAGUACAAGAAGAGGGUCGCCGAGCUGAAGAAGACGAAGACUGAAGACAAGCAGGGCGCGUUUGCUCGCUAUGAGGAAACGAAACAGGCGCAGAAGUUAUCCAUUCCGGAGGCGGCGCAGUCAUUCCUUGAGGAGGUGCCGUUUUAGACAAACACACUCGC